UGACGUGCAACAGGUGACAGAUCCAGUGUUGCCCGCUGCUGGACAGAUUCUCCAAGUCGAAAGGCUUGACUCUCUUUUUGGCUUCUGUUAUUCUUUUUUUUCGUUUUCAGAUUCCUUUUCUUUGAUUAUUAAUUACCCUACUAUGACAGGUUCUCUACACAUUUCAUUUCCUUUGUGCCUGAUCUGCUGACUUUACUGCUCCCUCUUGACCAACUUGACAAUUCACUUCUGUGGCGGCUCUCGGCUUACCUUCGUGUCCGCCCAUCUCCCUGUCAAAAAAAGAGUCCAUUUUGAAGUUAGGUUUUUUGUGUUGCAAUCCUUACUCUUCCAAGUUUACUCAACUCAGUUUCACCAAUGUUUAAAAUGGAGGUCGAUAAAUUCCUUUCCCACUCCCAGUAUGCCUUGCCUGUGGGUGGGGUGCUGAUAUUAGCAGUACUUGUGUUUACUUUUGGCUUCAAAACUGUUGCUGAGCCCACAUUCGACAGAAGUUCAGGCAACGAAGAGAAGAAGAAGAAACAAGUCAAACCAAAGACAAAGGUGAAGAAAACUGUUUCUGCAUCUCCUGAACACAAUGGAGAGCCCAAGAAACCAAGCACUCCAUCUCAACCCAAACCACCUCAACCCAAAUCCCCACAACCCAAGGUUGCUGCCAAAAAGGAAUCGCCCAAGAAGACAACUAAAGUCGAGCAACCAAAGAAAGCCGAAGUGGAAGUCGCCAAGCCUGAGAAGAAGGAAUCUCAGCAAAAGAGGAAGGAACUCAAACCAGCAGAUUUCGACGAAGGAGAUUGGGUGCAAGCUGUAAGCAAAAAGGACAAGAAGAAGAAGCCAACUGGUGAUGGUGCUUCAGCUAGUGCUAGUCCAGCAACUUCUCCUACUCACAAAGCUGGCAAGAAAGCUGAUAAGAAGAAGAAGGAACAAGUGAAGAAAGAAGAGGAAAUUAAGAGCAACGAAAUGCCCAUCGAGAAUGCCACGAACGAUGUUGCUGCCGUCCAGGAAGUGGAAGUGAAGGCAGCCAAGUUGGAAGUCGCUGUUGUGCCUCCCGAAGAAGUCGUCGCCGUUAAAGCCGAGCCCGCCAAAGUGGUGGAAAAGGAGAAGAAGAAGGCCAACGAAAAGCCUGCCGCCCAACCUGCUGCCGCCGAGAAAAAGGAGAAGAAUAACAACAACGCCAACAGUGCCAUCCCGAAAAAAGCCGACAAGGUCGAAGCUAAACCCGUUGCCGAGAAAAUUGCCGAGGCUGCUGUAAACAAUUCAGAUGAUACGUGGCAGGAGAACAAGAGCAAGAAGAAGAAGAAGGCCCGCCGUGAUUAACCACUUAAACGUCUGCACCGCCUUGUAAUGCGGAAUUCUGAAACCGAUGGGCAUUGUAGUUCAGAGGGUGUUCAUCCUAUCACCUCCUACCCGCAAAUCAACUUGUUUUGUGCAAAAAAAUAAGGUCGAUGGUAUUUUGUUUCAUGUUUUUUUCUUAAUUGAUUUGAGCCUUUUUUUUUGCUCUUUAUACCCGACUCGGUGCUCUUUUUCCUUUAUUUUUGGUGAUUAUAGUCGAGUCUUCUUUUUUUUUUUUCUUAUUAUUAUUUUCUCGUGUUCACACUCGAAAUCCGUUUCGUUGUUGGCCUGGAUACAUUUUGGAGAUAUUUCAAAAGGGUUUAUAUGCAUGUAAUAUUUUUGCUGUAUGUGUUUAGUGAAACUGUUUCCGUGUGGUGACACAUUUGCGAUUCGUGUACGAUCCAUAUCAAAGUGACUUACAUCAUCAUAGAGAACUGUCGGGAAAAGUAGACACUUUUUUUUUAUUAUUGGCAAUCCGAGCUCAUUUUGUCGGAAUGUCUUGGUAUAUGCCGAUUGGGGUUAAGAGAUUUAAAAACCAAAAAAAGAUUUAAAAAAAAAAAGCUAUCUGAACUUAUAUUCCUAGUUACGACAGAAACAACCAUUCAUGUGUGUGGGAUUGAAAUUCUAUUUUCUAUCGGUCGUGGGAUUAUGUUUAAUUGGGGACCAGAGUGUUAUUUUUUUGAUUGAUUCUGUGUGUGGCUUCCAAUCGGAUUUCCCCCUUUAUUUAGGUCACAUGAAAUGCGGUGAAUGGGUUUUUUGUGUGUGCGUGUGUAAUGAAAAUAUUCACAAGAUGGUCAACAUUAAAUUGAGAAAGAUGAUAUGAAAAAUCA